CUCUCUCUUCUGGUUUCUGAGCUUUCUCUUUCCCCAAGAAAACGAGCCAAAAAAAAAAAAAGGGUUUCUUUGAUCUGAGCUCUGCAAGAAGUAAUAUUUUUCUGUCCAAUCCACAGCUCGAGCUGCUUCACAAGCUCACUCCACCUUUAAUUUUGCCCCAACUACGCGACAUUCUUCGAUUCUUUAUUUUCCGCCAUUUGUUUUUGUUGAUUUUCUUGAUUUCUAGGGCUACUGUUCUUGAUUGCAUGACCAAAUCACCACCCCCUUUGACUUGUUGUUUUCUCUUUACAAUCGCUGCCACCAUUGCUACUCUUGCUCUAAUCCGCAACCUAAUCCUGGAAUCUAUGUGUGGUAGCAAGAUUAGAAGCUUAGGUUCUGGCGCUUCUGCAGCUGGCUGCAUUUUGGUGGAUAAAUGCUUGUCGUUGGAGAUUUAGGGUUUCAGAUUCUGGUUCUUGCUGCUUGUUUGGUUUUUCCCGUUUUUGGUAUUGUUCUUCGUCGCAAAUGGCGGCUAGGUAUGGCCAGGACGGAAGAGAUCAACCGGCUCUUGGUUUUGGCGUCUGAGGAAGCUGCUAGGGUUGAAAUUGAGGCAUCGUUUGGGUGUACUGCUGCGCCGAUUUCUCUGAAUCUUCAUUGUGCUGUUUGUCUCAGUCCAACGACCACCCGUUGCGCUCGGUGUAAAGCAGUUCGAUACUGUUCUGGCAAAUGUCAAAUUAUUCACUGGCGACAAGGUCAUAAAACCGAAUGCCAUCCACCCAAAACGUCUGAUUGGUCUUUAGAGAAGGAAAAUGAUUAUGGGGAUAGGAUAGCAAACCAACACCACUCUAUUAGUUAUGACAACAAAUUUGGUAUUGAAAAUGGGCAACAUAUAGAACCAGAUGAGGUAUUGUAUGACAAACUUACAUUACCCAGCUCUGAUGACUCUGUAAAGAAUGUUAGUGUGGAGUUGCAUGCAGAUGAGGAGGAGAAUUCAACUACAGAAUUUGCUGAUGCCACAUCAAACACCGAAUCAUCUGAUGAUGCCUCAAGAAGUGAGAACAGUAGUGAGUCUUGUUCCCCACGAUCUGAUGGAUAUUUAUCUGCUCAGAACUCCUUUGACAAGGAUGAUUCUACAUCCAGAUUAUCAAUUGUUGAUCCAAACAAGCCAUUAUCUCCUAACUAUGCUCACUUGGUAAACUCUGUUGAUAAAUUCGCUAAACGGAAAACAGAAAAUCAUCCUGCAUUCGUUGGGAUUGAUCCAGUUUAUGAUAACCAUUCAAGGGCUGCUGAAGUUAGAAGUAUAGAUGGGAGUUGUGAAGCUGCUUCUUCUAGUUUUCAAGAACAUAAUGGAAAUUCUAUUCGGUUGAAAGAUGGUGUUCAUGAUGACUCUGUCCCAUCUAGUAUUAAUGGUGCCAAGAACAAAAAAAUUCCAGGGAGUCAUUCGUUCCUACACUUUUCAUUCAGUGUGUCUGGGGGUACUCCAUCCGACGCACAAGUUGCUCAAGUAAAUGGAAAUGUAGCAGAUGGAAGUCUUCGUACUACUUCGGGGAUAAACAGAACGGCUGGAUCUAAUUUGCAAUCAGAUAUCAAUAUCGACUCUUCAGAGGUUAGAAAUUCACCCUCAAGUUGUGAAGGGUCUGGGGACAAAGAUAACACCGUUAAGGAACUGUCAGAUCACCCUGUAGUUUAUUUGAUGAUAUCUUCAUCACCUCGUAUCAGUCCGUUCCCUGCUGUUUCUAAAUGUGAAUCAAGAAGUGUUCGUGUUUCAAAUACAAGUAUGUCAGCACCCUUGAAGUCUGAAAGGUCAUGCCCAGUUUUCAUCCAGCCGGAUAAUUCUAAAAUUAUAUCAAAGCAUAGUGGUAAUGGAUCUGUAGUGAAUGAUUCCAGUGUUCAUUUGCCUACAAUUAGUAGUAGGGAGUCAGUUCCUCCGACCGAUUCUAGAAAAGUUGGUCCGACACAGGUUGGUGCUGGUGUUUCUUCCUUGGAUGCAAACUUUUCGCGCAAGUCAGCUUAUGGCUUUAGACCUUUUGCUCUCAAUGAGAUUAAAUCUAAAUCGGAUCACAGUUAUGUAGCGAACGACAGCGAGAAUGCUGGAAAAUACAAUUACAAGGGACACUUCCCAUUUGAGCUGCUUGUCGAUCUAUAUAAUUGGAAUAAAGUGGAGCUCCAACCAUCUGGCCUUGUCAACUGCGGGAAUAGCUGCUAUGCAAAUGUUGUGCUCCAGUGUUUGAUAUUCACUCCGCCUUUGACAGCCUAUUUUCUUCAGGGACUGCAUUCUAAAGCAUGUGCCAAGGAGAGAUGGUGCUUUACCUGUGAGUUCGAAAGUCUAAUACUCGAGGCAAAAGAAGGCAAAUCUCCACUAUCUCCGUUCAGAAUAAUUUCUCAACUGAGAAAAAUUGGUAGUCAACUCGUUAACGGGAAAGAGGAGGACGCGCACGAGUUCUUGAGGUGUGCUAUUGACACGAUGCAAUCGAUUUGCUCUAUGGAAGCUCAAGUAAGUCGAUCGGGCCCUAUGGAAGAAGAAACAACUCUAAUAGGCUUUACAUUUGGUGGCUACCUCCUAUCAAAGAUCAAAUGCACAAGAUGUGAGAACAAGUCCGAACGAAUCGAAAGGAUUUUAGAUCUUACUGUUGAGAUAAGUGGGGAUAUUGAAACGAUCGAAGAAGCUCUUCAACAAUAUACAAGCAUCGAGAUUUUGGACGGGGACAAUAGAUACCAAUGUGGCAGAUGCAAAUCUUACGUGAAAGCCAAUAAAAGGCUGUCAAUAUUGGAGGCUCCCAACAUCCUGACUAUAGCAUUAAAACGAUUCCAGUCAGGUAAAUUUGGGAAGCUCAAUAAGCCGGUUAUUUUUUCGGAGAUCCUUGAUCUCGCACCCUAUAUGAGUAGCAGAAGUGACAAGUCACCUGAAUACAGGCUUUACGGAGUGAUUGUUCAUUUGGAUGUCAUGAAUGCUGCAUUUUCUGGUCACUAUGUAUGCUAUAUCAGGAAUAACCAAAACAAGUGGUUCAAGAUCGAUGACAGCACGGUAACAGCUGUGGAAUUUGAAAAUGUACUGACAAGAGGGGCUUACAUGCUCUUCUAUGCAAGAUGCUCACCUAGGGCCCCAAGGUUGAUCAGAACCAAAGUCAUGACCGAUUCCAAAGAGGGAUGCAUUCCAUCUUUGAUUAGUGGGAGGAGUACCUCAUUUAAACCAAGUCCCAACUCCACAUAUCCUGAUUCCCAGAACCCCCAUAUCUACAACAAUUCAUCAAAUGAUUCUUCAAAUAUCAGUUCGUUUUAUCGAAAAUUUCACCAGCUCCAGAAGCUGUUGGAAGACGACUUAACGAGCGAUAGUUCUUCUCUUCUCAGUAGCAACUCUGAUGAAAGCUCUUGCAGCACCAACAGCAGCAGUGACUCAACGAGCACGGAGGACUUACCAGAGUACAUUUAUAGCGACUCUGGAUGUGGUUGGAAUGAUUCAAGCCAAUACGCACCAGUUGGUGCUAAAACAACUGAGUCUCGACCUGCUCGUCCCUACCAAACCAAUGGGAUUAGUAAUCUCACAAGUAGGCGAGAAUCGACGUGUAGAGAGAAAGCCAUGCAUUCGAUGGAGGAUAAGAAGAAUGGCUGGCGUUAGGUUGCAUUCUGACCCCAGUAGACAGUGUAGAAAUGUAAGGAGUAAUGGUAGCUGUAGAAGGGAAAGGUGAAAGGGUAAAUAUUUGAUUAUUGUAUACUGAAUUCAGAGGCGAGUAAAUAAGAGCUUUAACUUGGAGAGAGAUUGUCCUUAGAAAAUGUUAGAGAGCUGAUUCUUUAUGGAAGGCUCAGAUAUUCAUCUUUUGUAACUCAAGCCUGUUAUUAUUAUUCAUUAUGUCCCUUAAUAAUAAGAAGCAUUCGUACCCUUUUUAUUUUU